GCCCCCACCACCUCGCCCGCCCCUCUCUCCCUCACUCGUGCCCCUAUUACCUUUCGUUUUCACCAAACCCAAGUCACUCCCACCUCCCUCUCCCUACCCCAACAAGGUCCAACCCCAAACCUUUAUGAAAUAAAGAAUUAGAAAACAUGCUCUCCAGUCUUUGAACCCCACUCUCUAUGUCCCCCAGUUCUUCGUCUCAAAUUUUGCCUUCAUAGAACCAGAAGAAGAAGAAGAAGAAGAAGAAGAAGAAGAAGAUAUUAGACAUAUAAUCUGCAGGGGUUGGCAGUACUGAUCUUUCUAUUUAAUUAUAUAUAUAUAAAUAAUAUCAGAUGGGUGUUCGGGUUUGGUGGUUCCGGGUGUUUGUGUGCUUGCUAAUUAGUACUUUUUUCGGCAUCCCUCCGCCGUCGUCGUCGGAUCCGGACGACGAAGCUUGCCUGACCCACCUGAGCCAGUCGCUGGAGGACCCGACGAACAGCCUCCAGAACUGGACGAAAGCCACCUUCGCCAACCCCUGCAGCGGAUUCACCUCCUACCUCCAGGGCGCCACUUGCAACAAUGGCCGAAUCUACAAGCUCUCCCUCACCAAUCUCAAUCUCAGGGGCUCCAUUUCGCCGUUCCUCUCCAACUGCACCAAUCUUCAGGCCCUCGACCUCUCCUCCAACGCCCUCGCCGGAGCCAUCCCCCCGGAAAUCCAGUUCCUGGUCAACCUUGCCGUCCUCAACCUGUCCUCCAACCGCCUCGCCGGCCAAAUCCCGCCCCAGCUUUCGGCCUGCGCCUACCUCAACGUCAUCGACUUCCACGACAACCUCCUCUCCGGCCAAAUCCCCCAGGAGCUCGGCCUUCUCGCGCGCCUCUCCGCCUUCGAUGUCUCCAACAAUCGCCUCUCCGGGCCGAUUCCGCCGUCCCUCGGAAACCGGAGCGGCAAUUUCCCGAGAUUCAAUGCAACGUCGUUCCAGGGGAACAAGGAUCUUUACGGGUACCCUUUGCCGCCGUUGAAGAGCAAGGGACUUUCGGUCCUGGCCAUUGUCGGGAUCGGACUGGGAAGUGGGUUUGCAAGUUUGGUGCUCAGCUUUACCGCCGUUUGCAUAUGGUUGAGAGUUACAGAGCAGAAAAUGGUCGCCGAAGAAGGGAAGAUUAGCCAGCUCAUGCCCGAUUACUGAUUCAUUGAUUAUUACUAUUAUUAUUUAUAGAUAUAGAUUGAACUGAAAAUGGGAAGGGAAGGUUAAUUGAGCACUGGUCGAUCGAAUUAAUUGCUUCAUCAGGCAAAUGUUCCGGGAAGAUCGCUGGCUGCUGUCAUCUGCCUCGGCACACCAGUGGGCGUUUGUACGUCUGUACCUUUCUCCGGCAACGGACAAGCUAGCUUAAUUUCCUUCAUACAUAAUUAUUUUUCCCCCCCAUUUAAUUUCUCGGUUGUAGUGCAUGGACUAGCUGGACUCCGGUGCCCAGCUAACUAUACUCAAAACUCGAUCAGCCAUUUUUAAAAAGAAGAAAAAGCAAACCAAAAUGAACUUUGGUUUCAAAGGAUGUUUACAGUUGACACUUUCCAGAGCUCUGCAUUAAUGAUGUGAUGCAGGGAACCCAGCAAGGACUACUUGAAAUCUUCCCCCUGGAUUGAUGAUGAUUAAUGAAGAUGCAUGAGGCGACGACACACAUCAUGGCUGAAGUGAUUGCCCAUCAAGGUGUCCUGUGGCUGGUGGCCUGCUUUCAUCCCUUUCCUCUUUUUUUCUCUUUUGGGAUUUAUGGGUUUUAUGGGUAAUCUGGAAUUGGAAUUGGAAUUGCUUCUGUUGUCCUAAGCUCGCAUCCCUUCCGGGUCAAUUUGGGGUUUAGGUGUUUACUCUUAAUUUUUCAUUAAUGAAUCUUAGUAUGUGAAUAGAAGUUGUAAUUGCUUUAGAUUACAUGUAUUGGAGGUUGAAAAGGUCCAUAGUCAACUUGGGUUUGGUACGGUAUUAUGAAAAUAUGCAUUGUAUUUUUGUAUUGUUUUAUAAGAGAAGGUUUAAUUUAAGACUACAGAUUGGUAGUG